AAGGGCUUAGUAUUAGCCGUGUGUAAUCCACAAACUAAACACCGAUAACAAUCCACAUAAGAUCUCUGAUUCGCUAUACGACCGCCACGUGUCCGCUGCAUUCACCGGUUACCCAGUCACCCACAAUUUCGUCUUUCUUUAAUCUUAUAUAUACAAAACAGAGGAAGCCAUCGCGAGAGGAAAAUAAAAACAAAUACGCCAACUUCGAAAUUGUCAAAUUUAAUUUGAAAACAAGUGAACGGAUUUUGGUAGAAAAAUCAAACAAAAAAGGCGGUGAUUAAAGAGUACAAAGUUCCAAAGGAUCGAUCUGGUUGUAACUUAUAGUUGCUGUAAAAGUGAACGCGAAAUUUGAUUGUGAAGAAAGAGAUGGUAGCAGAAGCAGAGGUUGUAUUUCAACAGAGUUUGCCGGUGGUUCUGGAUAUUGAUGGAGUUUCUUCCGCCGUCAAAUCUCCAGUUUCUUCUCCGAAAUUGGGUAUUCGUCGAUCGUCGGCGUCGGUUUCUGGCGCUUUGUUGCCUUCUCCGGUGGGUCUAAAGCAGGAGGAUGAUUGCGAUUCUAGUGUCUCGGUUUAUGUUCCAACCAUCCGGUCUGGAAGCUACGCUGAUAUAGGACCAAAGAGAUUCAUGGAAGACGAACACAUUUGCGUAGAUGAUCUAUCCUCCCAAGUUGGGUGUCUUUUUGAAUUGCCAAAGCCAAGUGCUUUCUAUGCGGUUUUUGAUGGUCAUGGAGGAUCAGAAGCAGCAACGUAUGUGCGGCAAAAUGCCAUUAGGCUUUUCUUUGAAGAUGAUAAGUUCCCACAGACAACGGAAGUGAAUAGUGUUUAUGUUGAAGAAGUUAAGAGUUCGUUGAGAAAUGCGUUUCUCCAAGCUGAUCUUGCUUUGGCAGAGGAUUGCAGCAUUAGCUCUUCUUCUGGCACCACUGCUCUUGCUGCUCUUAUUUCCGGAAGACUCUUAAUGGUUGCAAAUGCUGGAGACUGCAGAGCGGUACUUUGCAGAAAAGGCAAAGCGAUAGAGAUGUCUCAUGACCAUAGACCGAUCAAUCUACCGGAGAGAAUAAGAGUAGAAGAGUCUGGCGGUAUCAUUGAGGACGGUUACCUAAACGGAGAGUUGUCUGUAACCAGGGCUCUCGGCGACUGGGACAUGAAACGACCACACGGCUCUAAGUCUCCACUGAUUUCAGAACCUGAAAUCAAGCAGAUAACUCUAACCGAGGACGACGAGUUUCUUGUAAUCGGGUGCGAUGGGAUUUGGGAUGUCUUGACAAGCCAAGAAGCGGUUAGCAUCGUGAAGCGCGGCUUAAACCGACACGAUGAUCCGACGAGAAGUGCAAGAGAGCUUGUGAUGGAGGCACUGAGGCUGAACACGUUUGAUAACUUAACGGCGGUUGUGGUAUGUUUUGUGACGGUGGACAAAGAGGAGGAGACAGUGGUCCCGUUGGAGAAGAAACGGUGUUGUAGCCUUACGCCGGAGGCUUUCCGUAGCUUGAGGAAUCUGUUGGAUAGCUGAAGCUAUUGUUUGUAUGUGCUUGGUGAAACCCCUUGGCCCUUGAUGAUGACGAAUAAUCUCUUCUCUCUCACGCUGCUUUUGAAUGUAAGCAGCUGAUAAGAAAGACACUGUUGAGAUAACUCUUGUGUAUAUGUAUUGUAUAUGUUGUGUGCUUUGGUCUAUAUAUGUGGGAUUACAAUUUUGUGUAAAAGCUGUUGAUUGUUUUGUGUGUAUAGUGAGAAAAAUCAAAAAUGAAAGAAAAACCGUCCCUGUAAUUCUUGAUCUCAUAUUUGUUGUUUUUUUAAUCA